AUGAGCAGAACUUUCCCCGCGAACUUGGAACAGCAAUUCGACGAGGCCUAUCGCAAGGCCAAUCUCGUCUGCAGUAAGGCCGAACUGCUGGCGUACAACAACAGGCCGAACAAGCAUGGGUCGCCGAGGAGGCCCAAAAAUGCGUUUUUCAUAUUUACAGUAGAGUAUAGAAAACGCAUUAAAGUUGGGCUUUACAGCUCAACCACAACUCAGUCGCGGGAUGUUAUCCGGCGUGCGGGACGGGCGUGGCAGAGGUUGAGCGCAGGGGAGAGGCGCGUCUACGUUCUGGCGGCCAGCGUGGUGGAGAAGAAGUUUUACGAGAACAAUCCGGGUUAUGUGUAUAACCCAAGAAGGGAGCCGCUCGAAACAGUGUCCGCCACGGCGACGGCGAAUGAACAAGGGGAGUUUGCCGAGAUCUACGGACGAUUCUCGGAUCCGUCGUGGGUGAACCCUGGAAACGUCAGCGAUCCGGCGGACGUUAUUUAUUCCAUAAAAACUUGGAAUGGGUUUUCUUGGAACGGACCGUAG